AUGGCGUUGCGAAGAUUUGUGCAGAUGGAGAAGCGAUUGUUGCAUGAUUCCAACCUACGAGAUCAGUAUCGAACAUUCAUGAACGAUUAUCAAGAGCAGAGUCAUAUGAUCAAACCGAAGCAGCAUUGUCCAACAGGAUAUUUCAUGCCCCAUCACGCGGUGUUCAACCCCGUGAGCACCACCCCGAAGACGCGAGUCGUAUUCGACGCAUCCGCUACUACUACAACCGGAUCCUCCCUAAAUGAUCACUUAUUUGUUGGUCCUAUUCUACAGCGAAAACUGACUGAUACCGUGCUAAGAUUUCGUGUCCCAAAGGUAGUGUUUACAGCAGACAUAGCUCAGAUGUUCCAACAGAUCCAAAUUAGACCCGAAGAUUGGAAGUAUCAGCAAAUUUUCUGGCGGAUAGAGCAAGGACACCCAUUGGAGAUCUUUCAGUUGACCACGGUUACGUACGGAACGGCUUGUGCACCGUUUUUGGCCACGAGGACGCUGGAGCAAUUGUGCAAGGAUGAGAGCAAACGGUUUCUUUUGGCAUCGAAGGCAGGGACUGAAGAUUUUUAUGUGGACGACCUUUUGAGUGGAGCUGAUACUGUUGACGAGGCUUUAGCAUUGCAAAACGAAUUAAUUCAGAUGAUGGCUUCUGGAGGGUUCAAGUUGCAUAAAUGGGCUUCUAACCAUCCCGAAUUAUUAGUGUUGGUACCGAACGCCGAUUCAGAGCAGAUUGCAUUUUUUGAGGACGAGAAAACUACACGCACGUUGGGGUUAACUUGGCAACCCCGUAGGGAUGUGUUGCUGACCAAAUUGCACGAGAUCAGUUUCCACUCAGGACCUAUAACAAAGCGAUCUGUGUAUUCGGAUAUAGCAAAGUUAUAUGACCCGUUGGGCCUCCUUCGUCCAGUAAUUUUUGCGGCGAAGGUGCGACUACAGAAAUUGUGGCAACUGGAAGUUGAUUGA